UUUGAAAAGGCCUGCAUCGUUCCCUUUUUUUUUGCAAUUUUUUCUUUCCCGUCUCACUUUUUCCUUUCUCCCCCACUGAUUUUCUUUAAUUCCUCGUCAUGUUGCCUCAAUUAUAUAUCCUUGCUGGCCUUGCAUUGACCGCCGUUCAAGCUCAAACCGCUUUUCAAUUCAAAGAACAAUAUCCUGAACCGGGUGUUAUCCCCGUGGCCAAGCCGGAAUGGCUUGAAUUGCUAAAAACGGCCGACAUUGUCGAUGCUCCCGUAUUAAAGGCCACCGCCAAUGGACCUGGACCGAUUACUCCUGGUGACCCACAUUGUGAUUGGACACAUACCGGUUGUUUGGGAGCCGAUGAUCUGUCGGUGUGUCCCAAGGGCGAAUGGGCCCCGACGUACGACGAUGGCCCAUCCGAGUUCAGCGCAGCUUUGUACGACGCACUUGAUAAGACGAAUACCAAGGCGACUUUCUUCAUGGUGGGUGGCCAAGUAGUCAAGUUCCCCGAGUUGACGUUGCGCGCGUACAAAUCGGGUCAUGAACUGGCCAUGCAUACGUGGUCCCAUAAUUACAUGACGACCUUGACCAACGAGCAACUGGUGGCGGAACUCAAAUGGAACGAAUUGGUCAUCAAGGAAGUGACCGGAGUGUCACCUCGUUAUUUCCGUCCUCCUUACGGUGACAUUGACGAUCGCGUCCGCAGUGUGGCCAAGGCUCUGGGAUUCACGGCCGUUAUCUGGUCCCACGAUACCCACGACUGGACUUUGACCGAGAACCCUUCGUUCAAGACGGAAUGGAUCGACGGUAACGUGACCCAAUGGGCCAAGGCCGCCUCUACCGCUACCCAAGGUGGUAUUUCCCUCGAACACGAUUUGUACAAGGAAACCGUCGAAGCUGCUAUUCGCGUUCUUCCCAUCCUUCAAAAGGCUUACAAUGUCACCACAGUCGGCGACUGCAGUAACCAGCCUUCGUACAAGGAAGCGAUCAGUGAUCCCAAGCCAGCCGUCACUCCUGCCGCCAAUACCACCAGCAACCCCACCCCCGCCGCGAGCAAUGCUCCUCCUUCGGUCAGCGACAAGGAUGCCAAGGAUACCAGUACGCCCGUUUCACAACUUGUCAAGGAAGAUCCCGGUUAUCAGUCCUCUCCGUCUCCUACCUAACGCAUCAUGAUCGCCAUUUUAAACUCGCAAGGCAGUGUUCCUUUUCCAAGACGGUCUUCUUAAAGUAAUGAUUGUCCAAAGCGGCACAUUGCACGGUAAAUAGAAAAAAUAAGAACACAAUGGGAAUUUUGCACAGAUCCGCCCCUCUGUCCGUGCAAAAACAGAAUAGUCUUCAGUGAGGUAUCCAUUUGUCGACAAAUAUAUGGUGCAAUAUCAAAGGGAAGUAAAGCAAUUAUUUGGCUUUUGACGUUUACAAAUUAUCA